CACAGGAAGUUAAACUGAUUCUGACCACAUGCUACACAUUGUUUCAGCACCUGAUGCUCCAUCAACACUUCAUUAAGCACCUUACGUUCAGUCUUUAAAACCAUUGUGUUUCUGAUCUGUGGUCAUUUUUUUACGUUAAUGUAAAGUUAAGUUUGUUUCAGAAAUGGAGUAAAAAGGAGACAGAAUUGUCAAUUCAAGCAAAAAAUUGACAUGAAAGUGUGAUUUGCAGCGAACAGACACGACAAAUAAAGAGACUCCGUAAGUAACCGCUGCACAACUGCAGGAGGCCUAUUUCCUUUAAGUCAGGUCAAAUACUAGUUUAAAAAUGUUUACAUUUUCAAAAAUACAUUUUUGAAUCGAAAGUUUGUCAAAACUCAGAGAACAAACCAGGAAUGUAAAACGGUGUAAAAUGACUGAAUAUCAGUGCUGUGAUCACGAGCCCAGCUCUGACUUCCUCUUCUCUGUGUGCUUGAGGUUUCACUGUGUUUCCUCUCACAGUGAGAGAUGUCUGAAUGAUCACAGUAUAGAAGAUAUUCAUCUGGAUCACACGAUGAAGAUCAUCCAGCUUCAGAUCUGUCUGUGUCUCAUGUGGUCUCAAGUCACAGAGAGUUUAACAAACACAGCAGUAACUUUAGGAGCUGAUGUGAUUAUAAGCUGUGAUCUUGAUAUAGAGGAGAUUUACUGGUUCAGACAGAAAUCACCGGAUCCUCCAGAGUUGAUCUUACGCACUUUCAGUAGCAGAACUGAAGAAGCUAAAUAUGAAAACAGCAUCUUCAAACUCAAAUACUCAGUGAAAACUAACAGUAGUCUGUUCAUCAGAAAUAUCACCGCUGAUGAUUUAGGAGUUUAUUAUUGUGUGAAAUCUAGUGAACCACAAAAAUUCAGCAACGGCACCAAGAUCUACAUCAGCGAGUCACGUGACCCUCCACAACACCAGAAAUCAUGGAGAAAUCUGAUCAUCUUCUUCAUCAUCUCAUCUGUCCUGGUCACUGCUUCGGUCACCAUUGCAGUAAUAGGUUUGCUAAAGAGCUGCACAAACUCAAGCAGAGAAAGUCUCAUGAGAGACGUGAAAGAGCUGCAGGUUUCUGAAGCGGCUCUGCUGAAGCGUCUCAAUGGCAGCAGCUCUUGUCACACCGUCUGCAGCUUCUCUCUUCUACAGUCAGUAACAGAUGGAGGAGGAUCAGAACGGAUAGCAUGACCACAUGAUGUAGCCUUUGCUAAAAACUAAAAGUCAUAUGAUAAUAUUUAUACAAAUACUACAAGUAAAGCCAUAUGUUAUGCAUAAUGUCUAAGUUGAUACUUGUUC